AUGUCUGGAAACUGGGACGACACAGAUAGCGAAGAUGAUAUGGUGGUUGUUGUGGAGGAGAAGCCAGUGAUCAUGCCUCGAUCUCGACAGCCAUCCAUGGCAAAGAGUCUCGAAAAGGCCUCAAUUCUCGAGAAUCCCGUUGCCGGAUCAACGAAAGAUGAUAGUGAUGACGAUGGUGCGAGCACGACCUCUCGAUCGGCUGGAUCGGAAAGCUUUGAAGACGACAGUGAUGUCAUCUUUCUUGACUAUGAUUCGGAUAGAGAUAUGAAGAAGAUGAUCAGCCUCUUUCGAUGUGGUUAUCGGGAUAUCAUUGCCGAAUUCGCCGACGUGGAGAUCUUUUUGAUAUCGCUCGACUCAUUGAUCAUCGAAUGCACCGCUCACUGUUAUCACAAUUGGACAUUAGCCGGUCAAUCGCUUGUACUCAAUUCACAGAUCGAUCGUUUCCUUGAGCAAUUCACGCAACUUGGCGGCAAAUUCAAAUUGGUGAUCUUCUCGGAGUUGUCCCAUUUGUUCACACGCGAUACCACUCUCGGUUUCAUUCGCGCCACCGCACUCGCUCAUUUGAGACAAGGACCGCACAAAAAUGAUAUUGAGGUUUUCUCAUCACCACUUGAUCCUCGAUGGGGAGAGUAUCUACAAGAAAUCACACCAUCUUUCUUGAUGAUCUCCACGGAAAACGUUUCCUCAAAAGUUUGCGGCCAAGAGGAGGUCAACUUCACGCCGCAACUUGAAACAAUCGUCUUGGACGCCCUUACGAGAGCGAUCGCUGUUGUUCCACUUUUCCGUAUCGUCGUCAACUUCUCAAAAGUCAACGCCUACUACAUUGAACCAAAACUUGUCGUCGCUCAAAACCAAGAACAAUUCUUUGCCGCCUAUUGGGAUUCCGGAUGCCAAGGAACCAAGAAAACGGAUCCACUCGACAUCUCCAAAUGUCCAUCAAUUGCCGAUAUCUGGGCGCUCAUCAUCAAAGAAGCUUUGACAAGUGACGCUCAACGAUCCGAGCAUUUCGAGGCGUUAUGCUGCGCAACUUUGGUUUCAGCUUUGAUUUGCGAGAAGAAAGGCGCGAGACGAGUGUAUCAACCCGAGAGAAAAGACGGGAAACGAGGAUUGGAUGUGAUCAGAGACCGGAGACAUCUUCUACAAGUGGCCACAGCAUUUAUUGAAGGGGCGAACUGGGGUAACGUGAAGAUUGCGGUCAACGAUUUUUGGGACGGGCGAAUGGUGUUGUCGCUCUUCGACGCGAUCACAGCUGGGGAAACGGUUCUCCCCUAUCGUGUCCAAGAAAGCUUUGCCCGAGUUCACACAACCGCGUCUCUUCAAAAGCCUAUUCCCACAGACACCACCGACAAACUCUUUGAUGUCGCACCGGAACUCGAAAAUCCGUUUGCUAAUCUACCUUGGAUGUACAAGGUUAAUUCACAACUUUUGCAAGAAUACGUGCCCGAGUGGAAAGAGUUGGACUCGAACAAUCAAAUGAAGCAUUCAAUCGAUAUUGCAAAGCACUUGAAGUCGACUCUCAAUUGGAAAUUCAAGCCAAUCGAAGAAGAUUUUGCAAAAAACCCUGAGAAGAUCGAGGACACAUGGCAACAGAAAAGGGCGAACAAAGGUCGUCAAUUCCUUUCGAGAUGGUACGAGAUGUUUGCAAAUUCGCUGGAAGGUCGAGGAUCAAAUCUCUUGGUCGAUUUCUCUCGAGCACCGAAGGGAUUCGCGACGAAUGAGGAGACAAAUGGAAGAGACACUCCAAAGGAAAACAAAGGAUGGGCUGGGCAAAAAGCUGGUGGCGGAAAGAAAAGCAAAGAAGCGGUGAAAUCAAAGAAAGAUUUGAUCUUGGAAGCAAACAAAAACGUCAAAGCGAACAAAUUGAUGGAUGGGGAGAAAAACAAGAUCAAGUUCGCUACUCAACAAAGAAAUGCAAUCUCUUAUCUCGAGAAUCUGUCGUUGGACUUACCGGAAACGAAGGCUCUUUGCAACUAUGAGAUUAUCGUUAGAGUUGGAAGAGAGAUGCAAGCUCGGUAUGCUGGUGAAGAUCACAAACGAGUCCGACAACGAGAAGCCGUUCAUUUGGUCGGUCUUCUCAAGGAAUCAUUUAUCUCUCAUUGGCAACAUUUGGAUGAAAAACAACGUGAUGAUAUUGUGAACAUCUGGGUUUCACUUGGCUUUGAAGCACCAGAGGGAAGAAAAGCGUCAUCAGAUGCGAAGAGCAAGAAGCUCGACUUGGGAUUGAAUAUGAUCUAUUAUCAACUACAAUAUGCCGGAGAGUUGAUCGAUAUUCAAUCGGAUCCACAAAAGGAUGACCGUGUCUCCGGUUUCAGCCCUGAUGCUUGGCAGAGAAAGAUGUUGGACAUCGUGGAUCGAGGACAAUCUGCGGUUAUCAUCGCCCCAACUUCGGCUGGUAAAACAUUCGUCUCUUACUAUUGUAUCGAGAAGAUUCUGCGCGCUUCCGAUGAGGAUGUUGUUGUUUAUUUGUCUCCGUCAAAAGCGCUCACGAACCAGGUUUGCGGGUCCGUGUACGCUCGAUUCCGGAACAAGUUGCUCACUCGGGGAAAAGCUCUCUUUGGAACACUCACUACUGAAUAUGGAACAAAUGCUCUCAACUGCCAGGUCCUUGUCACUGUGCCCGACUGUCUUGAGACUAUUCUCCUCUCUACUAAUCCGGUGGUUCAACAAUUUGUCUCGAAGAUCAAAUACGUCAUCUUCGACGAGGUUCACUCAAUUGGGGCCUCCGAAGAAGCAGCUAUUUGGGAACACCUUCUCCUUCUCAUUCGUUGUCCAUUCCUCGCUCUAUCUGCCACGAUCGGAAACGCGAAUAACCUCUAUGAUUGGUUGAACACCGCCGAGACUGCAAAAAAAGAAAAUCGGGGAAAGGUGAAUCUGAUCCAAUACCACGAGCGGUACUCGGAGCUUGAGUUGGCCAUCCAAAAUAUUGAUCCACCCGAGCCAAUUGUGGAGACAAAUGAGGAUGAAGAAGAGAAACCACUCCGGAUCGUUCGACCAAAAGAUGGAGAGAGUGUUCUCACCCCAUUGAUGCCUUAUGGAGUUUUCAUGCCGGAGAAGAUCCGAAUGUUCGGGAUUCCCGACGACCAUCAGUUGACGGCUCGUCAGGUCUUUGAUCUAUAUCAAAUUGUUGCUGAAUUUGAUACCCAGACAAAAGAAGAGCUUGAGCCAUGCAAAUUCUUCGGCUAUGCUCCUGGAAAACCGGCAUGGAUCUCGAGAACGAAUUUGCGAAAACUGGAAACGGAGCUGAAGAAACGUUUUAUUCAUUGGUUGAAUCACGACGAGAAAAAGUUGUCGGCAGUCUUGAACAAAUUGAGCAAUCCUGUUGCAAAACAGCUCGACAAUCGCUCAAAACCCUUUAAUCAGAAAAAAGUUUCCCAAGAAAACAUCGUUGGUUUGAUCGAAGAACUCCAAGAGGAAAGCAUGUUACCUGCGAUUUGUUUCAACGACGAUCGUUUCGUCUGCGAGAGCCUGGCCACCAUACUUUGUGACGUGCUCGAGAAAAAACAAACUGCUUUUGAGGAAAGCGCUGAGUUCAAGGAAAAAUAUGAAAUCAAGAAUGAAGAGAAGCUUCUGAAAAUGGCAAAGCGCAAGCGAGACGCUGCGGAUAAGAAAAAAAAAGGAGAUAAGCCCGAAGAUGAGCCACAAGAGGAAGAUGAGGACUUUGAUCCAUUUGCUGCACAAAGGCAAAAACUCAAAGAAGCGCUGGCAAAGUUUCGCCUGCAUGGCCGAACGGCGCAGAAUGACGAUGUCUACGAUAAAAUGGUCGAGAGAAUGGCGAGACAGGCAAAAGGGCGAGAGAGCACAAGACUAUUGUUGCGCUUAUUCGAGCGAGGAAUCGGUUUCCAUCAUGCUGGUCUUUCGAUGGUCGAAAAGGGAGCUGUUGAAGUUCUCUUCCGUAGCGGCCAUUUGGCCAUCAUCUUCUCGACGAGUACACUCGCUCUUGGAAUGAACAUGCCUUGUAAGACGGUUAUAUUCGGUGUGGACACGCCAUUCCUCACUCCUCUCCUCUAUCGACAAAUGAGUGGUCGUGCCGGACGAAGAGGAUACGAUCAUGCUGGAACCGUUAUCUUCAUGGCUCUUCCCACGAGCAAGAUUCGCCGUCUUCUCACCGCUUCCUUAUCAACACUUCACGGAAAUCCACCAUUCACAAUCUCUUAUUUGCUUCGUUUGCUUGCUUUUGUUCAUCAAGAAGAUGUUCCAAAUUCCCUCGAAAAGAACGCUCCUCCAAUCAGCACGCUUGCUCAUCGAACCAAGAUUGUUUUGACUCUUAUUCAAAACUCGUUCUCGUUGUUCACCCGGAAAGAGGCUGACAAUGGAACCCUUCAAAAACAGCUUCGCAUUUACACGAUUUUCUCUGUUCAAAUGCUUCGACACUUGCAGCUCAUUGAUGAACAGUGCAAUGUCUCUGGCCUUUCUCAAUUGGCUUGCUUGCUUCAAGGUGCUGAACCUGGUAAUCUUCUCUUCAUCUAUCUUCUUCAAAAUGAUGUUUUCCAUUCGAUUUGCAAGAAGUACACUGGUGAAAAGCUGAAGCGGAAAAUUCUCGUCAUCAUGGCAAAUCUUUUUACCAGAAUAUAUCUGCCACCGUCAUUUGAUCCAGAAGACAAGAGCACUUAUCCAUCGGACACACAAUGCCAAAUCUUCCUCGAUUCACUACCUGAAUCAGUGCAAAGCAAAGUUGAAAAAUUUAACGAGACAGCAAUGAAAUUGUUCACUCAUUUGAUGUCCGCCGUGAACCCCGAAAAGAGUUUAUGGGAGGAUUCCUUCUUGGUGACCGGCUCCGAGCCAACGGAAACGACACUUUUCAACGAGGAUUUGGUGACACCCCAUUUCGCGGGAAUUUCUCAUGAUGAUUCGUUCUUGCCCACUCUCAAUCUUGCCCCCAAAGAUCAUCGCGGAAGAAGGUUCUACUUGAACGCUUACGCGAUCGACUUCUGGCAUAAUGAGUCGCGACGACUCUUGGAGGCGGCCAACAAAUUGGCCACCAAUCAAAUGUGGUACUUGUUACACGAUUUCAAGAGCAUUCUCGAGAAAAUCUCGGUCGGUUUGGAGUCGGUCGCUCGACCACAAGAUCCUUUCGCCGAAGUGAUGAAGGAAAUUGCUCGUGAAUACGACUCGAAAUUCCGAAGCGCUUUCGGAAUGAAACACAAAAGUGGACUC